UUUACGGCCCAUAUAUUUCAUAGUUUAGGUCUAAACCUACCGCUUCCACAUAUAUAAAUCGUAACUCCUUGUGUAUCCCUGUCUUUCUCUUGUAACCCUUGCUCAAGGAGGCGGAACAGCUGCUUAGGCCAACACAAUGGGUGCUUACACUUACGUUUCUGAGCUAUGGAGGAAGAAACAAUCCGAUGUGAUGGCUUUCAUGUUGAGGGUCAGGUGUUGGGAGUAUCGUCAGCUUCCUUCAAUCGUCCGUGUUAAUCACCCAACACGCCCAGACAAAGCUCGUCGUCUUGGAUACAAGGCCAAGCAGGGAUAUGUUGUGUACCGUGUGCGUGUUAGACGUGGUGGAAGGAAGAGGCCAGUGCCAAAGGGUAUUGUUUAUGGUAAACCCAUUAACCAGGGUAUUACCCAGCUGAAGUUUCAACGUAGCAAGCGUUCAGUUGCUGAAGAGCGUGCUGGAAGGAAACUUGCUGGUCUUAGAGUCCUGAACUCUUACUGGGUCAACGAGGACUCAACCUACAAGUACUUUGAGGUCAUAUUGGUUGACCAAGCUCAUGCUGCUAUCCGUAAUGAUCCUAGAAUCAACUGGAUCUGUAACCCAGUCCAUAAGCACAGAGAGCUUAGGGGACUUACCUCUGCUGGAAAGAAGAACAGAGGUCUUAGGGGUAGAGGACACCUUAACCACAAGGCAAGACCAUCCAGGAGAGCUACCUGGAAGAGAAACAACACCCUUUCUCUCCGUCGAUACCGUUGAUUGUUUCCUGUCUGCCUUGCCUGCCUGCUGUUGGUUUUUGCCUUAUUGUUUUUAUCUAGUACUAGUGGUCUUCAUUUAUAAUUUCUGAGACUCAGUUCUUCAUAGAUAAUGGCUGCUAGUUUUGAACUUAUCUGGUUUCCUUUUGUUUUACUUAAUGGAUUUGAUAAUCUUGCUAUAUUUGUGUCAUUUUUGUUUACAAUGUUAUGAUCAAAGGUGAAACUUUAUAUUUUCA